AUGCCAUCCGACCAAAGCACUUGGUUGAUCGCAGUACCGCAAGAUGGUGACUCCGAGGGUCUCCUACCAGAAAUCACAAGCAAGCUACCUCAACUUACGACAGUAGCAGAACUUGGCAUUCCCUCAUUCAAGACAGGGACAUUAGACUCCCUGAUCGCCCUGUCAGAGGAGCUGCCAAAACAAGACGCGUUCUUUACGGCGACUGUCGCAAAGAUUGUGGACACACUCCGCAACUUGCUGAAUAACGACCCGACCAAGCUUGUCCAACACCUCCUCGUGAAUGAGGGCAGCGUCGACGAAUAUGUACUUCGGGGUUGGAAAUGGAACGAUAGUCGAUAUGGGGUACAACGGAGCUUGCGAGAAAUGGUCGAUGUCCUGAACAAGGAAAUGGCCUCCAUAGAUAAUGUGAUGAAGGCCAAACUAAACAACUACAAUAUCGUAAAGGGCUCCCUGGUUCAGAUGCAGCGCAAGAAAACCGGAAACCUCUCCGUACGAUCCCUCGUAGGCCUAGUAUCCGAAGAAGACGUCAUCCAGGACUCCGAAUACCUAGAAACAUGCCUAGUUGCUGUACCAAAAAUUCUCGUAAAGGAAUGGAGCUUGAAGUACGAGCGAUUGACUAACAUGGUCGUCCCCCGUUCGUCAUCACCUAUAGCAUCAGAUAGCGAAUACACCCUCUUCGGCGUAGUCAUCUUCAAACGCGUACAUGACCAGUUUCUCCAGAAAUGUCGUGAAAACAAGUUCAUCGUUCGAGACUUUACCUUCUCAGAAGAACAAAUAGCCAAAGAAGGAGACGAGCUCGAAUUAGCAGACACAACAGAGAAAGAACUCUGGACAGAGCUUCUACGACUAUCUCGGACCAAUUUCUCUGAGUCUUUCCAGAUCCUCGUGCAUCUCAAGAUCCUUCGGCUAUUUGUCGAGAGCGUGCUUCGGUACGGUCUACCCGCGAAUUACGUUGGUUUCGCUAUCAGGCCCGAGCCGAAGUCCACCAAGAAGACCUUCUCAGUACUCACCAACCACUUCAGCUACCUCAGCCCCCGCUCCUCGGGCCGUGCCCAGAAACAAAACGCAGCUGACGAGUUCGCAGGAGAGUACCAAUCUUUAAUGGAACAAGAAUUCUUUGAUUUCGUCUUGUACGAGGUACCAUGGAUCGUGCUCUAG